AUGAGAUUUUUCUGUAUUGCAGCUACCCAUUUUGUGCCAAAUUAUGCCGCUCUUUUUCAGGUAUCGGAUACCGAAAUAUUUUUUAACGACAAGGAGUUUUUGUUCACUUCGAAGCCUUACUUUUUGCGGUUGUUUUUGCCGUGUGAGGUUACCGAAGUCGCGGACGAAUGUGCAACCUAUGAUAGUGAUGCAGGCACCUUCAAAGUAUCGGUCCCAAAGAAAAAUGUAGGAGAAUUUUUUCCUCGGCUCGCAAUGAUAACUGAGCUGUUGACUCCUAAAGGACUGGAUCGUGUGAAGGACCCAGUGUCUGAGCUUUGCGAUGACCAGGAGGUGUAUGGUUACCAACAUCUACCGAGCGAAGAAAGUUUCACCGGUGAUGGAUACGGCUUUGCCAACAGACGAGUCAGUGUUUUGUCACAUCUUCGCGACGAAAUCACUUUACUGUUUGACUUUCCUGACCCUGACAGUCACAGCAACGAGGAACGAAAGCGAAUGCUGACCGAGAAAGAGACGGAGAAGUUCAGCGACGAACACUAUUUAUUUGAUUUCUUCAAUGACGAGAUUCAAACGUUUCUGGACUUUGAAACUCCAUGGUCGUCAGGUUGCGGCCAGGGUGAUGACGUAACAUUUUCGAUGGACGAAUGCGACCGCAUGAAAAACCUGCCUAAGAGGCGAAUUCGCCUGAAUAAGGCCGAAACGUCAGUUGUCGUCCGGUCUUUAGUGGACAUCAUGUUCGCGUACGUCUAUGAUUUCGUGACCACCCUCGGCGAGCACAGCGUGGAGUCCGGUUGGACAAUUCGCUCUUUAUGCGCUACGUUUAGCGGCUUGGUGUCCUGGAACAGCGUUCACGAAGCCGUGCUUUCCGCCAUCCGACGAUCGAUCUGCUAUCCGUUGUACCGCAACCUUAAAUUGUCGACAUUCGUCUUCAAAAACGUCGUUAACAUCUUUAAUGCAGGUAAUUAGUG